AUGUACCAGGGGAGGUACACACCGGGGGGUAAACACGCACCGGGGCAAACACGCACCGGUGGGAGGUACGCACCAGUGGAGGCAUAUACCAGGGGGAGGUACGCACUGGGGGAAGGCAUGUACCAGGGAGAGGCAUAUACCAGUGGACACACGCACCGAGGGGAGGUAUGUACCCGGGGGAGAUAUACACCGGGGGAGGUACGCACCGGGGGAGUUACGCACCAGGGGAGCCAUGUACCGGGGGAGGUAUAUGCCGGGGGAGGCACACGCACCGGGGAAGGUACGCACCGAGGGGAGGUACACACCGAGGGGAAGGUACGCACCGGGGGAGGUACGCACCGGGGGGAGGUACGCACCGGGGGAGGGUACGCACCGGGGGAGGGUACGCACCGGGGAGAUACGCACCGGGGAGAUACGCACCGGGGGAGGUACGCACCGGGGGAAGCACGCACCGGGGGAGGCAUGUACCAGGGGGGAGGUACGCACCGGGGCAAAGACUUACCGGGGUAA